CUCCACAAACCACGGAGGAGGAACUGGAAUACCUUGAAUUGAGGCAGAGAUUAAAAGAAGCUAUCAGAAAGCAGAUUAAAAAGGAAUCUGGUUCUGGCCAUGCAAAUUCCCGAGAGAAAAAGAAGAAAUUGCCAUAUGAUAAUUAUGGAUCCUUCUUUGGGCCUUCACAACCAGUUAUUGCUCAAAGAGUAAUUCAAGAAAGCAAGUCAUUAUUGGAAAACCACCAUUUGGCACCCAAAGUGUCAAAAUCCAAUCAUGAUGUGGGUACCAUAAAAAGCAAGAGCCUUGCUUCAACCACUGCUGGAUCAAAAACUCAAGCUCGUAACCACCAUCCUAAAGUUGUAAAUCAGUUAAAAACGAAAGUCCAGAAACUUAAGGAUACAAGAGAUUAUUCUUUUCUAUUAUCUGAUGAUGCAGAGCUUCCAGCUCCCACAAAAGAUCCUCCAAUUCGAAAUGUCUCUGUUCCAAAUUCUGAGGCAAGAUCAGCUCAAGUGCCACCAAAGAGCAGACAGUGGUCAACUAAUACUGGUAGACAAGUUCCCAAUAGUCGCGAGGAGAGGAAACCUAUGUCAACAGGUAGCCAAACGCAUCCUAAAACUGGGCCGCGCAAGUUAAUUUCUGCCGGUAAGCCCAUUCCAACAUCGGUUGACUCUAGAAAACAGCUUGGAAACAAUAAUGGAAGCGGGCCAGGUCGGCCUCUAGGGCCAAAAGGCUUGCCUUCUAAGAUGCCAGCAGCCACCACAGAGAGGAGGGUUGCUGCACCACAACGGCAGUCUUUGGACCAGAAACCUAGUGUGCACAGGCCCCCUUCUUCGAAGUUGCACUCAUCUGCUCCAAAGCAAGCUUCUGUUCCAAAGCAAUCCUUGGACCAGAAAAAGGAAGUUCAGGGAUCUAGCAGAGGAAAGAUGAUGCCAAAACAGCCAGUUCCAUCCUCUAAACCACAGAUAAACAAGCAACCUGCGAAAAUUCCAUCUUGCCCUCCGUUGAGAGAGGACCACCCAAAGAAGAAGCCUGUCAGACCAUACGACGAUGAUGAUGUGGAUGAUGAUGAUGAUGAAGGUGGAAGAGCAAUAAGCAUGAUUAGGAGUAUGUUUAGGUAUAAUCCAAGAAAAUUUGCCGACGAGGAUGAUGAUAGUGACAUGGAGGCAAACUACGAAGAUAUUAUGAGGGAGGAGCAAAGGAGCGCAAGAAUUGCUAGAAAAGAGGAUGAAGAAGAACUCCGCAAAAUAGAGGAAGAAGAGAGGAGGGAGCGUUUGAGAAAAGAGGCAAAGAAGCGUAAGCUAAGCCAACGAUGAUUAGCUGGUACACAAAAUUUUGUUUGUCGCUAAUUCCUUGUUGUCUAAUUAGCUGAAGUAACAAAAAGAAAAAAGGGAAAUUUUUUUUUCUCCGACCAUCUUUUCUUUUAACUUCUCAGAGUAGAUGCUGCUGCUGAAUUUUAUUGAACUUUUUCAUUUGUUGAAAAAGUGCCGACUGUAGUUAUAGUUUUAAUUUUUGUUAUGGCCGAGGUGGUUUUUUAUUUGAUUUAUAGAUUGAUUA